CCAUCUAUCCUCUCUCGUCACACGGUUAAACGGUUCUCAACCAGAACGACACAAGAGCACUGAGACACACGGGUGCUGUUAGUGACUGCAGUCUCGGGAGGACGAGCAACAUGAAGAAAGAUGCUCCAGUCUCUGAUAGUGAGCAGAAGAUGAGCAGGGCGAGGCCUAACGCUUAGACAGAAUUUUAACGCAUUGAGCAUUCAGAGCAUUCAGCUGUACGGUUAUAAAUUCGACUUGCAUUGCCUGAAGGACUGCUAUUGUUUUUCUGAGUGAAUGUUAGUAUUGUAAGGGGCAUUUCUGGUUCCCAUUUUUUACCACACACAAGUUCGUGUGUGAGCGCAUGCUGUGUUUUCCGUCCAUUUUGAAACGGAGAGGACGUUGCUCAACAUAGGACAUGUUUUCCCCUCGUGCUUGGGUUGUCAGCAUUGAAACGGAUUUUUGAAGACUUUUCAUUUUGGUCAUUUUUUUCUUGUGUGAACUACCAAGAUCAGUCAGCUGUUGCUCAACCAGACAUCAUGUCUUAAAAGACAUGAUUUCACCCCCAUUCUGGACUUAACUGACUGUCAAGGAUUGUAGAGUCACACAACAUUAUAUAGAGAGCGAAUUGGCCCCGAGCAAGGAAUUCUGGGAAACGUCGCUGGCCGUGAUUGGAGGAAGUUGGUAUCCUGGAAUUCCUAAGGAAGAUAGUAAUGGGAAACGCGGCAGGCGGUUUGGAACAGCCUGAGGGCACGGAGGCUGGGGUCAACCCCAUGUUGGCCACCAUCAAGAAGAAAACGGCGCCUCCCAAGCUGCCCAUGCCUCCUGAGGAAGAGCUGGAGGAGCGCUUCAACGUGGUGCUGAGCUCCAUGAACCUGCCUCCAGAUAAGAUGACGCUUCUGAGUCAGUAUGAUAAUGAAAAGAAAUGGGAACUGGUCUGUGAUCAGGAGCGUUUCCAGGUCAAGAACCCUCCGUCUGCAUAUCUGAAUAAGAUCAAGAGUUUCUACCAGGACCAGGGAGGAGUGACACGCAGGUUUAAGAGGCGCAUUCAGGAGUCCACCCAGGUCCUGAGAGAGCUGGAGAUCUCCUUGAGAACCAAUCACAUCGGAUGGGCUCAGGAGUUUCUGAGUGAAGAGAAUCAGGGUUUAGAUGUGCUGGUGGAUUAUCUAUCCUAUGCUCAGAGUGAUGCACCGUUUGAGGUGGAGUCAGUGGAGAAUGGAGGUUCUGUUACAGACAACAGGAAGAUGUCAGAGAGAUCGGUGGAGGAUCUAACCAAAAACUCCACACACUCAGCGACACAAGGCAUGACCCGGGCUGCUCGCGCUUUGACCGUCCGGCUAACUAAUCUGGCACAAGGAAAAAGAUCUCUGAGAAAUCGCUUAAGCCAAAGAGACGAUGUUCAUGUUUGUAUUAUGUGCCUGCGAGCUAUCAUGAAUUAUCAGUCUGGCUUUAACCUUGUGAUGAGCCACCCUCGCUGUGUGAACGAAAUCACUCUCAGUCUCAACAACAGAAACCCCAGGACAAAAGCCCUAGUGUUGGAGCUGUUGGCUGCUGUGUGUCUCGUUAGAGGUGGACAUGACAUCAUUAUCUCAGCCUUUAACAACUUUAAGGAAGUGAGUGGAGAGAAGAACAGGUUUGAGAAGCUGAUGGAGUAUUUCAGCAGUGACGACAGCAACAUCGACUUCAUGGUAGCGUGUAUGCAGUUCAUAAACAUUGUGGUUCACUCGGUGGAAAACAUGAACUUCCGGGUCCACCUUCAGUAUGAGUUCACACAGCUGGGCCUCGAUCAGUAUUUAGAGUCUCUGAAGCUGACAGAGAGCGAGAAGUUGCAGGUUCAGAUCCAGGCCUAUCUGGAUAAUGUGUUCGAUGUGGGCGCUUUGCUCGAGGAUGCAGAGAAUAAAGGAGGACUAGUGGAACAUUUGGACGAAUUACAGGAACACAAUGCACAGCUGCUUGCUAAGCUACAGGAGUAUGAGAAUGGAGCGAUGGAGAAAGUGGCUGAACUCGAGCAGCAGCUCAUGCAGGUCACUAAAGAGUCAGCGAUACUCAAGGAGAGCUUGCGGGAGUCGUGCGCUCAGGUCAGCGCCUUGCAACAGCGUGAGCGUGAGCGAGAGAUCCAGAGAGAGCGAGAGAAGCAGCAGGAGCGGAUAUCUCAACCUUCUCAGCCGGGAAGAGAGAAGGACAGAGACGCUGAGGAGCAGAGGGACAGCAAGCUGGAGGUGAAACUGAGGGAGCUGCAGGACAAAGGUUUGGUGCGGCUGGAGAAGACGGCCUCGGGAUCUCUGGACAUCGAGGUCAUCCCUGUGACUGUGGUGCAGACUGUCCCUGUUAGUGCCACAGAAACAGACUCAGCACCAGCCAAUCAGGCCGCUCCCUCAGCAGCUCCUCCCCCUCCUCCUCCCCCUCCUCCUCCACCACUACCCGGUGAAGAAACUCCCCCUGCCGCUUCCGUCGCACCUCCACCCCCACCACCUCCACCUCCUCCUCCAGGGUGUGGAGUCCCACCUCCACCACCACCUCCUCCACCUCCAGGUGGAGGCCCACCUCCUCCCCCGCCCCCACCUGGGUGUGGCCCGCCUCCUCCUCCUGGAGCUCCUGCUGCACUGGGGGCUGAAACAGUGAAGAGCAGAAAGCCGAUCCAGACGAAGUUCCGCAUGCCGCAGCUCAACUGGCAGGCUCUGAAAUCCAACCAGGUGGAAGGAACAGUGUUUAAAGAGCUGGACGAUGAGCAUCUGCUACAGGAGUUGAACAUGGACAUGUUUGCGGAGCAGUUUAAGACGAAGGCACAAGGUCCUCCAACUGAUAUCUCCAAACUGAAGGUGAAGGCUCAGAAAGCUCCCACUAAAGUUUCUCUCCUGGAGGCCAACAAGGCCAAGAACCUGGCCAUCACCCUGCGUAAGGCCGGCAUGAGUCCCGCUGAUAUCUGCACCGCCAUCCAGACUUAUGAUCAGCAGGCCCUGAGCCUGGACUUCCUGGAGCUGCUGGAGCGCUUCAUCCCGUCUGAUUACGAGAUGAAGCUGCUGCAGAACUAUGUGAAGGAGGGACGUCCUCUGGAGGACCUGUCCGAGGAGGACCGCUUUAUCAUGAGUUUUGGGAAAAUCCCGCGCCUCGCUCAGCGAAUCAGCACGCUCACCUUCAUGGGCAACUUCCCCGAGUCGGUCAAACGCCUGCAGCCGCAACUGAACUCCAUCAUCGCAGCCUCCAUGUCCCUGAAGUCUUCCUCCAAGCUGAAGAAGGUCUUAGAGAUCAUUCUGGCUUUCGGGAACUACAUGAACAGCAGUAAGAGAGGAGCGGCUUAUGGUUUCCGUUUGCAGAGUCUGGAUCUGCUAUUAGACACGAAGUCCACAGAUCGCUCUCAGACUCUGCUGCACUUCAUAGCUAACUUGGUGCAGGAGAAAUACCCCGAGCUGUCCUCCUUCCACACCGAGCUGCACUUCAUCGACAAGGCUGCUCUGGUGUCUCUGGAUAGCGUGCUGCAGGACGUGCGCUCUUUAGAAAGAGGGAUGGAGGGAACCAAGAAAGAGUUCAUGGUGCAGGAUGACAUCGUAGCGCUGAAAGAGUUUGUUAAGGUCAACAGUGCGCUGCUGGACUCGCUCGUUAAAGAUGGCAAGACGGCACAGGAGGCGUAUGUUUCAGUAGUGGAGUAUUUUGGGGAGAACCCGAAGACCACACAACCCUCCAUGUUCUUCCCUCUGUUCGUCAGAUUCGUUAAAGCCUACAAGCAAGCAGAGCAGGAGAACGAGCAGAGGAAGAAGCAGGAGAUGGCGGCUGAAGAGCAGCCCGUGCCCUCGCCGAAGAAGAAAGACACCACGCCGCAGAAGGGUCCCAUGAUGCCCAAGAUGCCUCAGAUGGAUCUGAUAGCAGAGCUGAAGAAGAGGCAGGUGAAGCCGCAGGUCACCGAUGGAGCCAUCGAGGACAUCAUCACAGACUUGAGAAAUUCUCCAUACCGGCGAACGGACGGCCGAAGACCAGCGCAGCGGCAAGAAAAUUAACCCACCCGUUAUUCACAUUCACACAUGAAAACUAGAAUUUCCUCCAUGUUCAUCUAAACAGUGUUAUAAUUUGUAUUACGCUUAUUUGAUACUGAAGACACAUGCAGACCACAAAUCUUCAAAUACACCCACACGACUGAUAUGGUGCACACAGAUACACACAAAUUACACACUAACAGAGACACAUCAUACACGCACUCACACUUUCCUACUUAUCACUUUUUUCUUGUAUUACUUUUAAAGCGAUGUAUAUAAAUAAGACUGAGUAAGAACCAUUUUAUAUCAUGCUACUUUUGGAUGUAAUAGAGUUACUGAGACUUUUGUUAAGUAUUUGUAAAAAAAAAGAAGAAAGAGUUUUUAAAAAGAUCAAUGUAACAGAAGUCAAAGUAGCCAUGAAUGUCUAUUUUAAGCCAUUAAAACAUCUAUGUUCAAUAAUAAAUUGUUUAAAUGUGGCGUUUCUUUACUGCACACAACUAAAAUUGGCCGAGGGAAUGUGUAGGAUCGCUGCUUACCAUCACAGAGAAAGCAAGGAACUGUAAAGAAACACUGUGGGCAUACUGCACGGAUACUACUGAAACACUUUACGACUGUAUCAAAUAUAAAGAGAUGGAGUUUUUAACACAAUAAUAAAUGCAAUUGUACAUAUAGUUUACAUCUCAGUCCAAGAUUUCAGCCCUAUUUAAAAGAU